AUGGACUCCUCGAUCCGCGCCUCGCGAGCGCCUGCCACCAGCAUGGACACGGACAAGCUGGCCGCUGAUAUGACGGAGCAGUUUCGACGGGUACUUAGCACAAAGCGCAUGCACGAACUCACGUCGCGCUCAUCGCAGUCCCGCUCUGCAUCGCCAGCGCCGCGAGACUAUGGCACACCGCAACCACCGCCGUCGCACACUGCCCCGCCCACGUACGCAUCCAUCAAGAACAUCCCCCUGGUGCCCGAGGCUCCGCAUGACGCCCGAUCCCUGCGCUUCAAGAACAUGCUUCACUCGCUAUCCAACAUGCCAGUACGGUGGGAGAACCCCGGACUGCUCGAUGAAGCCCUUCGCGUCGUUCCCCUGGAGCAGAUCUACAAUGAAGCUGAAGAGGAAAGCCAGAUCCUGCAAGCCGAAGCCGAGAGUCUCGGUUCUGGGAAAAAGGCCGCAUGGGGCUACCAGGACUGCGUUGUCAGGGCACUUCUGCGAUGGUUCAAGCGAUCAUUUUUUCAGUGGGUCAACAACCCACCGUGUUCGCGGUGCUACUCUCCCACCGUAGCUGUCGGCAUUACCGCACCACUACCUGACGAGCAAGCACGCGGCGCCACCCAAGUCGAGGCGUAUCAAUGCUCGCAUGACGGCUGCAAAAACUACGAGCGAUUCCCCCGAUACAACGACGCCUUUGUCCUGUUGCAGACCCGCAAAGGCCGAUGUGGCGAAUGGGCCAACUGCUUCAGCAUGCUCUGCCGUGCUGUCGGAUCAAGAGUACGAUGGGUCUGGAAUGCCGAGGACCACGUAUGGACCGAAGUCUACUCGGUACACCGGAAACGAUGGGUACAUGUAGAUGCUUGCGAAGAAGCCUGGGACAAGCCCCGGUUGUAUACCGACGGCUGGGGCAAGAAGCUCUCCUACUGCAUCGCCUUCUCUGCUGAUGGCGCCAUGGACGUCACUCGACGAUAUGUGCGCGACCAAGCCAAGCACGCUGCUGAGCGCAACCGUGCACCAGAAGCCGUUCUCCUCCACAUCAUGCACGAGAUCCGGGCUCUGCGCCGAAACAACUUGUCCAAGCAGGACAAGUUCCGUCUGCAAGGCGAAGACCUCCGCGAAGCCAAGGAGCUCCGUGGCUAUGUCAUCUCCUCGAUUGCACACGAGGUCAGCAAACUCAGUGCCGAGGACAUCAUCAGUGGCCAAGUCACGCCCCGCCGACAGGACCCUGAUGCCCAGAAGGCGUUGGAAGGUCGCACAAGCGGCAAUUCGCAAUGGAUACGAGCACGAAACGAAGGCGGACGAGGCCAACCCAAUCAGCAAGAUCCUCGAAACCAACAUCCCCGAUGA